AUGGAAAUUAUUGCUACUCCCAUUGCAGAAAAAGUUGCUGAGAAACUGGUUGCUCGAAUUGGACGUCACCUGGGUUAUCUGUUUAACUACCGUAGCAACAUUUUGGAUCUCACCCAACAAAUUGAGAAGCUUCGUGAUGGAAGAUGGCUGUCACGUGCUGAAGAGAUCAUAAAAGAAACAGACAAAUUCCUUGAGGAUGAAAGGGAUGCAAACAGGGGCUGUUUUAACUUGAAGCUGCGGUACCAGCAAAGCAAGAAAGCAAGUGGCCAGGCAGGGGAUAUUCUUAAUAAAAUCCAAGAGACUGAUAAGUUUGGCAAAGUAGCACAUGAGCCUCCUCUACCAGGGAUCGGGUCUUCGUCUGUCAGCGGUUCGGAAGUUUUGGAAUCGAGAGAGACAACUUUAAACCAAAUUAUGGAGGUCUUCAGAGAUGAUGAUAUAAGGAUGGUUGGGGUAUGGGGGAUGGGCGGUGUGGGCAAAACCACGAUUGUGCAACAAGUCGCCAAACAAGCCAAUGAAGAAAAGCUAUUUGACACAGUGGUCAUGGCGUUGAAUAUAUCCCAAACUCCGAACGUGACAAAAAUUCAAGGAGAAAUUGCGAGCAUGUUAGGCUUGAAACUUGAGGGGGGAUUUGAAGCGAAAAGAGCAGUUCGCCUAAGUCAAAGCUUGAAGAGACACAAGAAGAUCCUGGUGAUUUUAGAUGAUAUCUGGGAGCCCAUCGCGUUUGAAAGGAUUGGAAUUCCUUAUGGAUCAGAUGAUCAUAAGGUGGGGUACUGUAAAGUGCUGCUGACUUCAAGAGAUCAUCGCGUGUUAUCUAAGGAUAUGGGUACUCAUAGGGACUUCCAUGUUCAACACCUUUGUAAAGAGGAAGCCUGGAGUUUAUUUAAGCAGACGGCAGGUGAUUCCGUGGAGAAGCCUGAAUUUCAACCUAUAGCAGAUGAUGUAGUUGAAAAAUGUGAGGGUCUACCAGUUGCACUUGUAACAAUUGCAAAGGCAAAGGCACUAAGGAAUCCCUUGAAAGAACUUAAAAGGUCUGCACCAAUAAACAUCCCCGGAGUGAGUAAAAACGUGUAUUCAUGUCUGGAGUUGAGCUACAACCAUUUGGAAAGUGAUGAAGUUAAAUCAUUGUUCUUACUCUGUGGUUUGCUGGGCGAUGGCGAUAUUUCAUUGGAUGACUUGUUAAAAUAUGGCAUGGGUUUGGAUUUGUUUGAUUACAUGGAUUCAUUGGAGUCAGCAAGAGAUAAAAUAGUUACCCGGGUGAAAAUCCUUAAAGACUCGAGCCUGUUGCUUGACUCACUUGAAGAUGUACACUAUCGUAAACCUUCAAGUUCGUUUUUUGUGGAGGAAGGUAAUGGGUUUAUCAGAAUGCAUGAAGUGGUUCGUGAUGUUGCCAAAGCAAUUGCAUCGAAAGAUCCUCAUCAUCGAUUUGUGGUGAACGAAGAUGUUAGAUUACAAGAAUGGGAAAAGAGGGACGGUGAGUUGAGAAAUUGUGCUGGCAUAUCUUUGAAAUGCACACAUGUCCAUGAGCUUCCAGAAGGAUUGGUAUGUCCCAAACUCAGAUUCUUUUUGUUGAAUAGUAAUGAUAAUUCCUUGAAAAUUCCGGACACCUUUUUCAAAGAGAUGAAAGAAGUCAGGGUUUUAAGCUUGUUUAGAAUUGAUCUUACACAAUUGCCUUCAUCACUUCACUUUCUUUCAAAUCUUCGAACAUUGUGUCUACGCGAAUGUGGGAUGUUGAAAGACAUAGCAAUACUUGGAGGACUGAAGAAGCUACAAAUUCUUAGCCUUGUAGGUUGUGACAUUCAAAAGUUGCCCAAAGAAAUGAUGCAAUUGACUGAUCUAAGGAUGUUGAGUUUGAGGGAUUCCUCAAUUCUCGUUCCAAGAAAUGUGAUAUCAAGCCUAUCUCGGUUAGAGCAUUUGUGUGUGAUUAAUACUUUUGAUAGAUGGAGGAAUGAUUGGCUUUCUGAGUUGAAACACUUGUCCUGUUUGAGGGCCUUGGAAGUGGAAAUACUCGAUUCAUAUUUGCUUUUGGAAGAUGUAUCCUUUGAGAACCUCACUAGAUAUGAUAUAUUUAUAGGCUGUAGAGCCGGUACUUUGGGCUGGAAUGAUGAUAAAAGGGCCUUAAGAAGGUUGAGGGUCGAAGGGGUCAAAGGCCCACAUCUGGUGAAGUGCUACUCUAGGCUGUUAAAGACGGUUGAAGUUCUAGAAUUGAGGAGAUUGGAUGAUACCAAACAUUUUGUUUAUGAGUUAGACAACGACGGUUUUCGUCAACUCAAGUAUCUGUCCAUCUGUGCGAGUUCUAAGAUGCAAUACAUCAUGAAUACAAUCGAAAUGGAAGGGGUUGACCCACCGCAUAGUGCCUUUCCUCUCUUGGAGAAAUUACGGCUUUACCACCUCUACAACUUGGAAGCAGUUGAAAUAUAUCUUAUGGCUUCCCACAACACAAGGGAAUCAGUACUAGAGUUUCCUCAACUGCGAUUCUUGAAACUGGAAUAUCUACGAAAUCUCAUUGACUUCUACUCCAUAGGAAGCAGUCGCAGCCAGGAGCCAUUCAUCCCUCUUUUCAAUGAGAAGGUUGCACUCCCCGGGUUGGAGUUGUUACGUUUGAAUUCAAUGGAAAAUGUCAUAACAAUAUGGGACAACCAACAUCCUGUAGGUUCCUCUAGCAAAUUGAAGGAUUUGUAUCUCAACCGCUAUAAAAAUCUAUUGACUGUUUUUCCAUCCAAUUUCUUAAAAGGGUUACAAAGUCUACAAAUUCUAAAGAUAGAAGAUUGUUGUUCUUUGAAAGAUAUUUUUGAAGUGGGAGAAAUAAAUAGGGAAAAAUCCGAUGGUAUCACAAUCCCUCAAUUGAAAGAAAUGUCUUCAUAUGGUCAAAAUAUAAUGAGUGUGAAGAAGAAGGAUCCCCAAGGAUAUCUUGCCUUUCAAAAUCUAAAUUCAUUGAAAGUUGGUAAAUGUGCUUCCCUGAGAUAUCUUUUUCCAGCUUCGGUUGUGAAAGGCCUUGUGCAACUUGAGGUUCUAGAGAUAUCCGAUUGUGGAGUGGAGGAAAUUGUUGCAAAUGAAAAUGGACUUGAAGCGGUGCCUAUUUUUUUAUUCCCUAGACUAACCUCUCUCAAACUUAUUAAAUUAUACCAGCUCAAGAGAUUCUAUCGGGGUAUGUAUACUUUGGGAUGUCCACUCUUGAAAGAAUUGGUGGUACGCAAUUGUGAUGAAGUGGAACUACUGUUGCAAGAAAAAAGUCUUCAAGGUGAAGUUGAUAAACAACCUCUCUUCUUGGUUGAAAAGCUCAAGAGAUUCUAUCGGGGUAUGUAUACUUUGGGAUGUCCACUCUUGAAAGAAUUGGUGGUAUGCAAUUGUGAUGAAGUGGAACUACUGUUGCAAGAAAAAAGUCUUCAAGGUGAAGUUGAUAAACAACCUCUCUUCUUGGUUGAAAAGAACACAUUUCCUAACGUGGAGGAGCUGAACUUGGUCUUCAAGGGCCUCGUGGAGAUAUGGUGUGGCCAAUUUUCAAGGGAGUCAUUUGGCAAACUAAGAGUUUUGGAGAUAGAAGCGUGUCAUGAUAUUUCGCUUGUGAUCCCACAUACUAUAGAGCAGCUCAUCGUGAGAAGGUGUGAUUCAGUGGAAAAGGUAAUCCAAGUGGAAGGUCAUGCGGCUUUUAUAUCAACUACUUCUAUAUCUGCCAACAUCAAUAAUGUCCCUAUGUUAAAUGGGACUAAUUUUAAGGACUGGAAAGAGAAUAUGAUGAUUCUCUUAGGCUGCAUGGAUAUAGACUUAGCCUUGAGAAUGCCCAAACCCGAUGAACUCAAUGAGCAAAGUACUCAAGAGGAUGAGGUUUAUUGGGGUAAGUGGGAACGUUCAAAUAGGCUAAGUCUUAUGAUCAUGAAGCGUGGAAUUCCAGAAGCUUUCAGGGGUGCGGUAACCGAUGAGGUUACUAAUGCCAGUGACUUCCUUGCGGAAAUUCAGAAACGUUUUGCCAAAAACGAUAAGGCUGAAACGAGCACGCUUUUAGCAAGCUUGAUUUCAAUGAAGUAUAAAGGCAAAGGUAAUGUUCGGGAGUACAUCAUGGAGAUGUCUCAUCUUGCUUCAAAACUUAAGGCUUUGAAACUUGAGUUAUCUGAUGAUUUACUCGUGCAUUUGGUUCUCAUCUCUCUUCCUGCACAAUUUAAUCAAUUCAAGAGGAAGAGAGAUUGA